UUUUUCCCCGCAUUAAAAAAAUCCCAUUCCAAAUAAUACUCGGCUCGGUUUGCGGGGUAAUUAGAGGGUACCGCAUCGGUACCCUGAGGAGGCGGGCCUCUUCGCACCGCGUUAUAACGUUACUCCGGAACGGCACCCGUCGCGACUGGGCUGCCUGCAUAAGCGCAGCGGGGCGCAGCACCCUUAUCGACAUUUUCGGCGAGCGGCGCACUCCGCAGGCGAGGCCCUCUCUGAUCCUUCACCGAUCUGCAGCAUCCGUGCAGGCCGCGUCUUCCUCCGCGAGCACCAAAAGGAUUUUCAUUUAGGAUAAAUAAACACGAGAUUAAAAACAAAAAAAAUAAAAUAAAAUGAAUAAAUAAAGAAUAGAAAACAAGCCAAAUUCAACAAGCCAGCUAGCGAUAAACCGAGUCUGUAAAUUAAACGGGUAGACAUAUAAUUGAAGUAAAAUGCAGUGUGAAACAGCGCGGGGUGAACCGUGAUGAAGUAUUUAUUUUACUUGUGCCAACUACUGGGGUGGAGAAUUCAUCGAGUUUGUUCCUACACCUGCAGUUAUUCUUCCUUCGAGAUGUACGCCAAUUAGUGAUCGCUGUCAUUUUUCACAUUUUUUUCUCAGUCUAUCUCUCUCUCUCUCUCUCUUUCUCUCUUUCUCUCUCUCUCUCUCUAUACGUAUACAUUUUCCUCUCGAGGGGUGCCGGGUAAUGUUGUGAUUGUCGCGAAGGGUGGAACCCCCAAGGGUGUUGUUCUGUUAUUGUGCAUCGCUCGGUCAGUGAUAUGGACCACGGCUGAUUGUACUUCCACAAAUGUCCACUUACGGAUAUCCAAAUGAUCAUGCCAGGUAGAAGCUGAUAAACCGGAAACCAGCAAUGAUGUGACAAUAAAAAAUAUAUCUUCUUCUACAUUUCGAUCCGGGGAUAUUCUUGGAUCCCUGGUAUUGUGCUUCCUGUAUAACUUAAAUACGCAAAGAGAAACACGAAGCUAGAGAAAAGGAAAUAACAGAAGAGAAAAAAAAACAAGAAAAUAACAUAGAAAGAGAGAAACCGAGAGUGGUGAUAAAACUGGUGCCAAAUUAAUAAGAAGAAACAGAGAACAAAACUGAUAACCGAAGGAACAACAGUAUGUAAAAAUAAAACUGCAAUAUACAGAGAAUUAUAAUCGUUGAUAAGAGGAAGUAAUAAACACAACCUGAGCAAAACGACCCGAUUCGGUGCAAGAAAGACGAAUAGAAAAGGGGGGUAAACGUAAAGGGUAAAGGAAGGUAUAAGGUGAUAAAAUGGGCAACAAGCUAUCGUGCAGUUGCGCGCCCUUAAUAAGGAAGGCUUACCGGUACGAGGACUCCCCGUGGCAGGCUGGAGCCAGGGGUGGAGUUGGCACCGGGGGAGGACGAAGGGCGGACACUGGUCACUUGCUCAGGUGCGGAAGCUUAAGAGAGAGGAAGAGGCUCUGGGCAGAGGUCUUCCACGUCAGCGCAAGCGGUGCCGGCACUGUCAAGUGGCAGCAGGUCUCCGAGGAUCUCGUUCCCGUUAACAUCACCUGUGUCCAGGACUCUCCCGAGUGCAUUUUUCAUAUCACUGCUUACAACAGCCAGGUCGACAAGAUCCUCGAUGUGCGGCUCGUUCAGCCAGGUACGAGGAUCGGCCAGGCGUCCGAAUGCUUCGUUUACUGGAAGGAUACCAUGACCAACGAUACUUGGGGUCUGAACUUCACCUCACCAAUAGAUGCCAAACAAUUCCGAGAGUGCUGCUCACCUUCUUUUAAAUUCUCGAGAAAAGCUUCAUCCUCGUAUUCGCUGAAACUAGAACCACCGAAUAAACAGAAGAUAAAAACCCGGAGAAAGCCACUCUCCACACCUGCGUCGCCAAGCCGGUCACGAGAACCACAAUGCACCUGCAUGACGCCCGAACAGUUCGCCAGACUCAGAACCCAAGAUCCGAGAUACAGAAACAUUUGCGGGGCGUCCACGUUGCCAAGAACCUUAGGGAGGUCAACAGAGAUGGAAAUGAUCCAAGGGCGAGGAGACAAAAUAGCGGCGGCGACGUCAAGUGCGUCGCUCUACGACAACGUGAACAACACGAAUAGCACACCAGGGAAAACGCCGAAGUCCGGGGACUCGAUCAAGCUGAAGGAAAAGCAGCAGCAUAACGAGACCUGUCAAACGACACCGAAGACAGCGAACGUUGCCACGGGAACGGCUAACGUUGGAUCUCAGAUCGGAAGCCCCGAGGAGAAGUGUUCCUUGGUAUCGCCGAAAAAGGCGGCCAAACAGAGCCAGGAGACGUCGACGCAGCCGAAUGAGACUGAGCGAGAAACUCUCAAGUCCGAGGGAACUCAGGCGGGUGGUACUCUUCAGAAUAAAUCGAUGCGCAAGGAGCAGCUCCACCAUACGAAGUCAGCCGACUAUACGGAGCUCGAGAUGCACAAUGGUAACAUGUUCAACAAUGUCAACAAUAACAACCAUGGCUCCCGACACUCCAAGAGCAAAAGCACCGACGACAUGCGGAUCGAAAAUGCUCACAACGGUGGCAUUAGUCUUGAUUCGAACACCCUGAAGAGAAUGCUCAAACCCAUGUCCAGCAUCGACAGCCCUGUAACCUCACCCGAGAUGACCAGGAAGAGGCACAACCAUCACAGUUAUCAUUAUCAUCCUAAUAACAACAACCAAAAGUACUCAAUGUCCGAAGCGGAGAAUGAAAACUACUCGAAUCCAUACAGGAGCUCUCACAAUAACAAGUUUCAAGGAUCUAGGAGUUCUCACGAUAUGUGCAGACAGUAUACCGGCGGCAGAGAGAGGAUGUACUUAGAUUUGGAACAUAAUCGGUGCGCAGGUGACAUAUCGCCGCCCUCGGACAAUGUCAUAUUUGACAACCAGUGCUACGCGACCACACCAAGUUCGUCAAAUGGCAAUUCUGACAUGGAACAGCAGCCGAACCACUGCAACUCGAGGCGGUGUAACGGAGGUCAAACAUAUCAGCAGCAGAACAUGACUUCCGUAUCAACGCCGGGGAGUCCGACCAGCCGAUUGCUCUUGGAGUACGAAAUGCACCUAAGGAACACUCUCGCCAAGGGCAUGGACGCCGAGAGCUACAGCCUCCACACCUUCGAGGCCCUUCUCACCCAGAGCAUGGAAAAUUUAGAAUUCGCUGAAAAUAUACCGCUGAACGUUCAACGCACACCGCACAUUUCCAGGAGACGAUCGAACUCGAACAAGUCUUCCACCCUCCCUCUGUCAUACCGAUACUGCAACGAGCGUCAGAACAGCAAAGACCGCGACGGAUAUUACAGUGACAGGAACGAAAUUAUAAGAGAAAAAAGAGAACGGGAUGCUGACAGGGACCGAGGCAAUCUCAGCGAUUAUAAUUCAAGAUGCUCUACCUGCAUCGAUGAGUCAGCACGGGCUCACUGGUUCCGUCAUUCGGAUGGUUGGCAAUCGGGCAGUUCAACUUUGGGUUCCGCAGCUUCGAAUUCGGGAAAUCCAUCGUACACAGGGCACAAAAGGUCGCCGUGGGAUUCAUUGCCAUCGCUGAGACAUGAGGGAAGCCUAAAUGAUAGCGGGUACAAAUCCAACAGGACUGAUUCCAUGGAACAGAGGGGGACUUUCGACAGACAGGACAGCGUGAGGUCGGACUACAUGUCGGACAGGGACGGAAGAUACGGAGGCAUCGUUCAACAGGCAUCCGUUGAGAGCACCGAUUCGAGACUGUGCUACCUCACGUCCUCCGAGAUGUCCGACGACGACCGGAUGUCACUGACGACAGCAGUGAGCGACGAUGACGAUGGUGAGAGUGUGAUAAAUUCACCAUACCGAGGCAAGCAGACGGGCACAGCUGCAGCGUCGUUUAAUUGCACCGGUGCUGUCCGAAAAGCGGGGUUUCUAAGCGUAAAAAAAUGGCUGCUGCGCAAAAAGCACCAGAUCGAGCUGGCCAGGAAACGCGGCUGGAAGGGAUACUGGGUUUGCCUCAAGGGUACGACUCUUCUUUUCUACCCCUGUGACUCCCAUGAAAGCAGGUCCGUCGAGGCGGCACCGAAGCAUCUGAUUAUCGUCGACGGUGCGAUAAUGCAACCGAUACCAGAACACCCGAAGAGGGAUUACAUCUUCUGCCUGAGCACGGCUUUCGGCGACGCUUAUCUAUUCCAGGCUCCGUGUCAAGUGGAGUUGGAAAACUGGGUGAACAGUAUUCACUCGGCAUGCGCAGCGGCAUUCGCGCGCCAUCGCGGAAAGACUGGAACACUUCAUCUUCUUCAGGAGGAAAUAUUCCGGCUGGAGAAGGCGAUCGAGUCGGAUCACAAGUUAAAACACAUGGCGGAUUUACAGCAAUCCGUGGUUUCCGACGCCGAGACGAAGCAGCAAAUAAACAACCAGAUCGUACAGUGGGAGGAGAACCUCGAGCGUCUUCAUUGCGAACAGUUUCGGUUGAGGUGCUACAUGGCGAGCUUGCAGAGCGGGGAGUUGCCAAAUCCAAAGAGUCUCCUGACGCAUGUAUCCCGAGCAACCAAGCAGACCCUCAACAAACUGGGAGUGUUCACCGUCUCUUCGUUUCACGCGUUCAUUUGCGCCCGGAGUCCAUCGCUCCUGAACAAUUUACUCGCUGGUCGCGGGGCGACAAAGAGAAGGCCACCAUUACUGUCCAGGUCUAAUAGUGGCUCGAGCAAACGAUCCCUGCAGAUAUCCUCCAGGGACGAGGAAAAGACCGUCAAGGUUUCGGUGCCGGAGAACCAGCUGGUCUCGGUUUUCCUGCGCGACGCCAUGUCGGUUGAAGAAUUUCUGGCCAGCGCUUGCAGCCGCAAGAGUUUGAACCCCAUGGAGCACUUUGUUAGAGUGAAGAAACGGCGCGACAUGGAAGAUCACAACUACUUCGUACCGCACAGAACUGACCUGAUAGAGACUUACCUCCACACGCACGAGAUCGUUGAAGUGUGCGCCAAGAUUUUAUACCAAGUCGAGCUGCAGCGGAACACCUUGGAUCAAAUGUGGGGCUUCUCCGUUGAGGCUGAGCUGAUCGAAAAUUCGGACAGGCAGGAUGAGCUCUGCUGUUACGUCAGCCGGGUCGAAGAUAAGAGUGUCGCUAUGCAGAACGGUAUAAUUAAAAGCGACGAGAUAAUGGUGAUAAAUGGGGCAAUCGUCAGUGACUUGGAUAUGAUGUACCUGGAGAGUGUUUUGCAAGAGGAAUUAGCCUUGUGCAUGAUGAUGAGGUCAUCGAGGACGGAACCUCCGGAUUUAUCGGGGAUCAUGCGAGUGACCGAUGACAUAAUCGAGAGUUUGGUCUGCCCGCCACCACCUUCGGAUCCACCAGUCAUCAGCGAGGAGAUGAUAACUGGCCUGAUUGUCCCCGCGCCGGGAUGGAGUAAAGAAGGUAUGCUACAGGAAUGCUCCUCUAUGUCUCACAUGGAGAACGGAAAACAGACGUCAAGAACGAAUUCAUUCGAGAUAGAAAAUCUGUUGAAAACAGCCGAGCAAGUCACCGGGUUUUGCCGAUCGCCUGGAGAGACCAGGAAGUCCAGUCCCACCGGAAGCGUAAUAAGCUCACAUUCUCAGGCACACACGCCUAGCAGGCAACUCAGCGAUGCUGAGAAACUAAAAAAAGUCAUAUUGGAAUUGAUAGAAACUGAACGGACUUAUGUAAAGAAUUUAAAUAAUUUGCUGGAAAACUAUCUAGAACCCCUGAAGCGUGAGACAUUUUUAUCGAAUGCAGAAAUAAACGCGCUGUUUGGAAACAUACAAGAAAUCGUCACGUUUCAACGGCAAUUUUUGCAAAAUUUGGAUCACGCCAUCGAAAUGGAAUCGGAUUUCAACAAUUUCGAUCACCCGAGUCAAUUCAAGGGGGUCCUGUUUUCCAUCGGAAGUGCCUUUUUGUAUUAUGUAAACCACUUCAAAUUGUACAGUUCAUUUUGCGCUAGUCAUUCAAAGGCUCAGAAGGUUUUACACCCCAACGAAGGCAAUCAAGCGCUGCAAGAAUUUCUUUCCGCGAGAAAUCCACGCCAACAACACUCGUCGACCCUUGAGUCUUACCUGAUCAAACCAAUCCAGAGAAUUCUCAAAUAUCCUCUCCUGCUUCAGCAGUUGAGAAACUUGACCGACGAGCACAGUGAGGAACACGAGCACUUGAUCGAGGCUCUCAAGGGAAUGGAAAAGGUAGCUGAACACAUUAACGAAAUGCAACGAAUUCACGAGGAGUACGGAGCAAUAUUCGAUCACCUAUUCAGACAGCAUCAAAAGUCUUGCAAACAACCAAUCGACCUGAGUCCAGGAGACCUCCUGUACUAUGGUGGCGUGGAGUGGCUCAACAUCUCGGACUUUUUGGGAAAAAUAAAAAAAGGCUUAGAGCUGCACGCGAUGUGCUUUGUGUUUAAAUCAGCGGUGGUCUUCCUGUGCAAGGAGAGACUGAGACAGAAGAAAAAGCUAAUGGGCGUAUCGACGAAGGCGAACUCCAGCGAGGUGGAAAUCAUUCGUUACCAAGUGCUCAUCCCUGUCACCGAGGUCCAGGUUCGAGCAAGCUCAGCAAAAGACAUGGAAUCACACUUCCUGUGGGAAUUGAUCCAUCUAAGAAGCCAACUUCAGCGACGCUCUGAGAAAGUUUACGUACUGUCGAACAGCACGACCGACUUCCGCAACGCGUUCCUGAAGACGAUACGUCAGAUAAUCCGUGAGUCGGUGAGAAACAUGAGCAUUCCGUCGACGAAGCAGAACAUGUCCCAACCGUCGAUAUCGAUAUCGCCUCGUAUGUCAACGGGCCACGUUGAGAAGUUCGAGAAGCCAGUGAGCCAGGGUCAGGUUCAAAAUGGGAAUGGCACCGUAUCGAAGAAGAGCGCCAAGCAACAGAUGCUGGCCAACCAGCACAACGUCAAGCGGAAGUACAGCCAGUCUAAGCACACCGUUGACCACGAAAGCUCGGAGGACAAGGAGUUUGAGGAACCGUCAGCGAACCCAACGACAUUCCGAUCGAGGAGCAAAACCAUCAGCGACAGCUCGGGAGUAGCGGGGACUGUCUUGAUUGCAGGUGAAGUUAAGGUGGACAUGGAUUCGGGAACAAAGUCAGAGGGGGAAGAGGACUCCCAGGCUUUCAUAGGGGAGAAGAAAACAACGCUAGGUCGAACCCCGAACCACUUGACUUUGAGCACAACGUCAACAAUUUCAGCGGGUAGCACCGGCAGUCAAGCAAGACUGAUUCAGUCCUCUCAUCAGCCCGAGAACUACCAGCCGAUUACCGUCAAGGAACUCGGUUCGCCGAUAUGGAAGCCGAGAGAGCUGCCGUCGAUGGGCGAAGCCACCACUUUGCCACGGAAGGGUAAGUCGGCUGGAGAGUUCGCGGAAAUCUCCUCCGCUCACAGCGCGUCCCGCAAAUCUUUAGUAGAAAUCAAUAAUUGUGCUCAACAAUCUAACUUUAAUAAUCACGUUUAAGUUAUAUACACAAUUAAAAUUACGUAUAUAUUAUAUUAUACAUUAUAAAUUAUAUAUUAUACAUACAUACAUGAUGCAUACGUAUAAUAAUAAUAAUAAUAAUAAUAAUAAUGAUGAUGAUGAUAAUUUUAAUAAUAACGAUGAUGAUGAUAACAACAACAACAACAACAACAAAAACAACAUCAAUAAUAACAAUAAUAUACAUGCCUGCGCAUACACCACGUACACAUACAUUAUAUAUACAUAUGUAUAUAUAUAUAUACAUGAAUGCAUAUAAAUAUAUAUAUGUACAUAUAUAUCGUUCAGUAAACUGUAGUAAAGAUAAGAUAUAUUAGGUAUUAGUAUCGAGAUCAUUAAAAUUAAUAAUAUUACCGUAUUCAAAUACUCGUAAUACACUGAUUAAUUUUUAGCCAAUGUUAUUAUUAUACCGUUGCUGACCGAGAGAAAAAGAACAAGAAUAGCAAAUAAAUUUAGAAAAUGAAAGAGAGAGGAAAAGAGAGAAAUAAUACAUGAAUGUUAAUAAAGAAGGGAAAAGAAAAAAAAAAAACAAACAAAUAAAGAACAGAGAAAAAGAAUAGGAAAGCUGCAGAUUGGUAAUUUGAGUGAUGAAAAUACUAAUAUAAUUUAUUUAUCGAGUUUUUUUAUACUGGUUCUUAAUUUUAAUCCAUGUGACUUUAUUCGGAAUAUUAAUUUCUUGCCGACAUAGAAAAACGAUGUAACGCAAUUUAUAAUCAGGAUACAAUAACUGCUAUUCUAUAGUAUGCACAUUUUUUUGCAGUUAGAUUCCAUCGAUUUCGAAAAUUUUGUUUGUUGUUUGUGAUAGUUGAUUUGACACAUCAUCUCCCGGAAAAAGUACACGGCGUCUUAUGAUAGAUAAUUAGGUAUGCAAACUUCGCUUUCGGAGGGUGCAACGAGUUACGGGUUUUUACAAUACAGGGUCCUAAUAUUUGGUAGGUAUGAUUAUAUACAAUUAUGUAUAGGCGAAUUUUUCCUCGCGAAGAAAUAUAGUUCUGUAUACUCGACGAAGAUUGGCCGCGAUUAAAGAAAAUGGCGUUUUUUCGCUCAGAGACGUUCGUAUAUUAGAAACAAAUUAUCCAUUCUUCAUAAAAUAGCGUAAUUUUUUUUUUUUAUUCCGUUUUACUCAAUGUUUCUUCUUUUCUCAUUUUACAAUUAUAUGUUCAAUGUGUAUAUACGUCAUGUAAAAUACACAAUAUUUAUCAUUCUUUUGUUCAGUUAAUUUCUUUCAAACGUUUGAUUAUUCGUCAUGUUUCAUAAUUAGAUAUUUUUCUCGGUCAGCAAUUUAUUUGGUAUAUACAUAUGUGCCGAUAGCAAAACGUAAUCUCAAUUCUGUGCAUACACAUGAUGUAACACACGAUCGUAUUUAUUACUACGAUAAAGGAAGAAGAGGGGCAAAAUGAAAAAAAAAAUUUACGAAAACCAAAAACCUAAUGAUGCAAAAAAAAAAAUGCGUAAAAAAAUGACAAUGGCAAGAAAAGAGGUAAUUGAAAUUGACGUGAAAGCUUAAUCGUAACGAUUAUGAUAUAAACGUAGCGAUUAAUAUUAGUUAAGAAUCGUAAGUGAAAUUCAAAUGAAAAAAAAGAAGAAAUUAAGUAAUCACUAGACUAUAUGAAUAUUACUGAAUAACCGCCGUUGUUUUUUUUUUUUUUUUUCUUAGCCCCAGUCUAAAUUACUUUAUUUUUCCGCCCGUUAUUUCUUUCGAUUUUUAAAUCAAUCCGUUUUCUCUUUCUUCGGUCUUUUCUACCGCGUAACCUGUAACAGUUGACGAAAAAUAAUUUCGAAAAUCUCGCGCUGAGAUGAACAUUUUCAACAUAGAUAUUUUAUUUUCGACAUUACUUAAUGUACGACCUCGAAAAUGUUUAAACUGAUCUGACGUAUGAGAAUUGGUGAAAGCGCGAGAAGAGAAUUUGACGGAAAAGGAGAUAAGCGAAAGAGAGAACGUGCUCUUCGUAUCAAAAGUAACUAAACAAUAAAAAAAAAAAAAACUAGUCGUAGAUGCAAGUUCAAACUUUAAGAACUGAAAAAGUUAGAAAAGAAAAACAACAAAGUACAUAGAAUCAAUGGGAAUCACACGAAGGAUAUAUUAUGUAUGUAUAAGCUAAGUAGUUUAAAUAUUGAAUCGACACAGGAACAAACGUGGUGUGUUCGAUUGAAUACGUUACACAAUUGAUAUGAGAUUAUUAUAUACGAUAACUUAAAUAUAGUAAUAUGUAAUAUGAUCGAUAUUGAAGGAUAUUAAUUAAUUCGUGUAAAUUAGAAAACAGAAAGUAUCCAAAUAUAUAAAUAUACACAGCCAUACAUAUAUAUACUUAUAUUUAUGGCAUAAAUAUUCAAAGGAUGAUUUACAAUUAGUAAAACCACACCAUCAGAUUGAAUAUAUAAAUAAGUAUGUGUAUAUAUAUGUAUGUAGAAAAAUACCAAAAUAUAUACUCUCAAAAAUUAAAACGAAAAUAAGAAAAAUGGAUUGAAAAUAUUAAUUGGUCUUCUUUGGACACGUACGACAAUGAGACUGGCAUUGAUAGUUGUUACGACAAUUGUAUGAAAGAGAUUUCCAUGCUCCCUUUUUGAAAACAAUGCGCGUUUUGUAAAUAUUAAAUCUUCAAUCGUUUUUCUCUGGCAAUGGUCAAUUUCAUUAAAUCCGAGCAUUCGUGCACUUCGACGUUUGGGAUUCAAAGUAACAAAAGAUGGCGUUUGGUGGCUACUGGGUCGUAUUUAAAUUAAAAAAAAAAAAAAAAAAAACCAAUUCUUUUGACGUAUGUUCUGCUCUG